UCAUGCGAAUAGACGUGGAUGUUAGGAUGUGGACUGCGGGUGCAGCUGCUUCAAGUAACCCUUCCCUCUGCGUCUCCGACACCCACUGGAUCGACGGGAAACGUUGAUCCCCCGGCCGCGAUAACUGGCUGGCGACUGGCUUCAGGAUACUAUAUAUCCCGACGAUCUUCCCCGGUCUCCACUGACGGCUGGACUCCCUCUCACUCAGUUUUGUCCGGCUUUGGGUGUUCCCGCGUGGUUAUCCCUCAUUAAUCCUGUAUGCAUGGGACUCAAAGCAAAUCGGAUCUUUCUUCUGCAUGAUAUAUUGAACCACGUCGUUCACUCUGAUUUGUCUUGAGGUAGGUUUG